AUGCCCCCGACAGACAGACAGACGACACGAGACGAGACGGGGGACCGAAGGGGGGACGUGCAGAUUCAGGCCGGCCACUCUUUUUCCCCCCGCCAAAGACAACCAACCAACCCAAUAACCGGCCACGCAACCACGCAACACUAUCCAGCAUUGCACAACCCCCCGCCAGCAGCCAACGUCAUGCGCCGGCCCGCCAGACACUUCAGGCAUCCUUCUUCGUAUACUCGUACAAUGCCGGUACCUAGGUCAGGCUGCUUGAUGCAAACCCCAUGGCAUCAUGGGACAAUGAAUAGCACAACCUUGGAACUGAUGGAGCAAGUGGAGACGACAAGUCUUGUGUGUGUGUGUGUGUGGACUGUGGACUCUGGACUGUGGACUGUGGACUGUGGACUGAGGACUGUGGACUGUGGGCUUUUGACAGCUGCAACCAUGGCCCAACAGUCAUUAUGA